CGAAUAGACACACAGCACACAAAAGAAGAUUAAACUGAUGCUGAUAUUGCAAACAAGUAUUACAAGGUCCGAUCAAUGACUCCUUGUUAAGUUCGCUACGUUUCCUCUGUUGCGUCUAUAAAACCAAAGCUGCUAUGCAACUGGUACUCCGAUAGCAUGUUUUUUGGGUGCCCUCUGAGGGCUUUUCCUUUAAUACCGAAAGAGAGGAAAUGGCACGCGGAGGCUACACGGAGGAACGCGAGCAAAGGUUUUGGUUCGACAUUCUGUCAGCUAUAGUGCUGUUUAUGACGGCGAUCGGCGGCGCGUGGCUCCCCAAGUAUUUGUGCUCGCAUGGAACGCAUGUCAGCAGCUCAAAGAGCCUUGCAUUUCAUGUCGGCAAUAUGCUGUCAGCAGGAGUGAUGCUGUCCGCGGGCUUCUGCCACCUGCUGGCGGAUGCGCACCGUAGCCUCCUCUUCCUGCGACGCUUUCCUAUAUCCAACUUCCUGGCAGCUACCGGCUACAUCGUCACGCUGCUAGCGGACCAGAUUGUCCAGUUUGUCAGCGAGCAGCAGGCGUCGCAGGCCAGCAAGGUAGGAGGAGCAACUGGGCCUGGCAGCGGGUUGCCGCCACUGGGGGCAGUUCUUCGCAAUGGGGGCUAUCAUAAGCUGUCCUCGGGUGCGGAGCUGACGAGCAUGGUGCCAUCUGACAAGGUGGUGACCUCGACAGAGGGGACGUUUACCACGGCGGUGCACCGGGAGGCUGCCAUAGUCGCCAAGGCCGGGGCGGCAGCGACGGCGGUGCACAAUGCGGAGGUAGCGGUGGCUGUAGCGCUUCCCAUGGCCGAAGGCAAUGGGAACUGCAACAACCUCCUUCCCAACGGGCGGAGCCACAACGGCUUAACGGGGUCCGGCCGCAAGCACAGCCAGGGCAGUGGCAUGGGAGGACAGGAUGACGCCGACGGUGAGCCCGGCUCGGGUCGGUUGGUGCAUCGCAGUCCGAGCACGGGUGGGGACUGCCACUCGACGGGCGUGGCCGUGCUGCUGGGCGGAGGCCGCAGACUGUCCUUCGCGACGGCAGUGCUGCUGGCGGCUGCGUUGUGCAUCCACUCUAUCCUAGAGGGCAUGGCGCUUGGGGCGCAGUCUAGCAUGCGCAGCACGGAGGACAUUAUGGUGGCGAUUGCGGCGCACAAGGGGCUAGCGGCGUACGCGCUGGGGGCGAGUAUCAUGGAGAGCGGUGCAUCCUCAGACAGGCAGCCUGACCCCACGUUUUGGACCGUCAUCGGUUGCUUCUCGUUGGCCACUCCGCUGGGCAUCUUCGCCGGGUACGGCAUGUCGACCAGCUCAGCAAGCGGCACGACCGGUGCCGCGCUGUCAGCGCUGGCCUCGGGCACCUUCCUGUAUGUGGCUUUUAUGGAGUUGUCAUUCGCCGUGUUCGCCCGUAGUAAAUUCGCUGCGGUCAUACCCAAGGAGCUGGCCGAUGGGAAGCACCGCAUGGCCAAGAUGGCUGCUUUCUUGGCACAUGCCAUGACAUUGCCUCGCAUCCAGUACUUGCCUCGCAUCCAGACAUUGCCUCGCAUCCAGUACUUGCCUCGCAUCCAGUACCAGUUCCGGGACCACGUAUGGCCUCCAUCGGCCUGCGGUGCCGUCACGGACGUUGAAUUAAAUGGUUUGGACUUGAACCUCUGCCAGAUCCCCACUACCUGGAACAUCGGUGACCCCAGCACGGGUCUGGAGCAGUUGACGCGUCUGACCUUUAGAAAUUGUAACAAUUUCCUCAUCUCGAGCGAUCUUAUGUUCGUGACCCAGUUGAAGAAGCUUGAACUCGCUGACACUACAGAGAUCGAUCCCUUGCCGGCGCUGGCGGAUUUCAGUCAGAUGGUCAAUCUCGUUUCCUUGAGGCUGCCUAGCGUCGGCUUUACGGAUCCGUUUCCUGCUGAGUUUUCCGCGCUAACGGCUCUCACGGAGCUCCGACUGGGGGACAAUGCCAUGACUGGCAGCUUACCAACAGUACUCUCCACCCUGAGUAAAUUAGCAAUCCUAUUACGGCUGUAUUUCUUCAUUACCCCUGGGAACUGCAUCUUUGCGCGCCGUAGCCUGUGGGAGUUCAGGAGGAGCCUCUCCGCCGCCGAGCCCCUCAGCCUCUCCACCCCCAGUAACAUCCAGCCGGCCACCAAGUCCAGCACCACUGCCGCCAAGCCCGACACCACUGCCCCCAAGCCCGACACCGCUGCCGCCAAGCCCGACACCGCUGCCCCCAAGCCCGACACCGCUGCCGCCAAGCCCGACACCACUGCCCCCAAGCCCGACACCGCUGCCGCCAAGCCCGACACCGCUGCCGCCAAGUCCGACACCACUGCCCCCAAGCCCGACACCGCUGCCGCCAAGCCCGACACCGCUGCCGCCAAGCCCGACACCACUGCCCCCAAGCCCGACACCACUGCCGCCAAGCCCGACACCGCUGCCGCCAAGCCCGACACCGCUGCCGCCAAGCCCGACGCCAUUGCCGCCAAGCCCGACACCGCUGCCCCCAACCCCAUCCCUCCAUCUCCUGGCCCCUACCCCUCUCCCCGCCACCGGAGCCGCCGAGCCCGAUCCCUCCAUCUCCUGAGCCACCUAGCCCCUCUCCGCCGCCACCGGAGCCGCCGAGCCCCAUCCCUCCAUCUCCUGAGCCACCUAGCCCCUCUCCGCCGCCACCGGGGCCGCCGAGCCCCAUCCCUCCAUCUCCUGAGCCACCUACCACCUAGCCCCUCUCCGCCGCCACCGGAGCCGCCGAGCCCGAUCCCUCCAUCUCCUGAGCCACCUAGUCCCUCUCCGCCGCCACCGGGGCCGCCGAGCCCCAUCCCUCCAUCUCCUGAGCCACCUAGUCCCUCUCCGCCGCCACCGGGGCCGCCGAGCCCCAUCCCUCCAUCUCCUGAGCCACCUAGCCCCUCUCCGCCGCCACCGGAGCCGCCGAGCCCCAUCCCUCCAUCUCCUGAGCCACCUAGCCCCUCUCCGCCGCCACCGGAGCCGCCAAGCCCCAUCCCUCCAUCUCCUGAGCCACCUAGCCCCUCUCCGCCGCCACCGGAGCCGCCGAGCCCCAUCCCUCCAUCUCCUGGGCCACCUAGCCCCUCUCCGCCGCCACCGGAGCCGCCGAGCCCCAUCCCUCCAUCUCCUGAGCCACCUAGCCCCUCUCCGCCGCCACCGGGGCCGCCGAGCCCCAUCCCUCCAUCUCCUGAGCCACCUAGCCCCUCUCCGCCGCCACCGGGGCCGCCGAGCCCCAUCCCUCCUCCUGAGCCACCUAGCCCCGCUCCGCCGCCACCGGAGCCGCCAAGCCCCAUCCCUCCACCUCCUGAGCCUCCUAUCAACAACACAACGCCACCUCCCCGUAACUGGGACCGGCUUCUGGACACUUUCCUGGAGACCCCUCUGCAGCGUGUGGGCCGCCCGCUCGUAGUGCUGCUCCGCUCGCACGACUCCCUGGACCAGGCGAACACCCAGAACUGGACAGCUGCAAUCUCCGGUCCCGGCAACUAUAUGUCAGUGCAGUCGCUGGGGCCCAUGUCAGGGCCAACCCCUGUGGCUGCCGAGGUCCAAUGGAACGUGACGGUACCGGGAGGCCAGCUGCAAGAGGCUGGCAACUAUACGCUGUUCGUCUACUACAACGGCAACCUGUCCAUGGCGCCAGCGGUCCAGGGAAAUGGCAGCACUGUCAGCAUAUACCCUGGAUUGCCCCACCCGUCGAACUGCAGCCUGCAGGUCAAGCCGUUUACGAACACAACAGCUGUGGGCGAUUACGUGGCUGUUGACCUGCGCCUCCAUGAUGCUUACGGCAAUCCAGCUCUUGCCGCCCGAAACGUCUCUGUAUCGCUGCUGGGCUCUGUUUCCAAGCACAAGAUUGUGUCGGGUGCGAACUUCACCAGCCUGGAACCCGCCGGCAGCGGGCUGUUCCGCUAUGUGCACGUCCUGGAAGCCAGGGAGCAGCUGACCGUGUGGCUCAACGUCUCGGGGACGGCCGUCGCCAACGUGACCCUCAAUGUUUCCGCCAUCUCCCCUGCAGCGGUUGCAUUCAAUGAAUCGAUGAGCUCGGCGGUGAUGCAACUGUAUGGUAGUACGACGGUGCAGCAUCUGCCGCCACAGGCCGCACUGCGGCUGCCUGUGCUGGUGGUGCACCGGCUCGAGGUACCCGUUUUGCGAUCCCCUUCCACCUGGUCUUCUACGAGCCCCAGUUUUGGUUCUGACCCGGGCCUGGUGGCGUCCCUGGAGUUGAUGGCACAGAAUGGAACACAGCUGAUGUUUAGUGGCAGUUGGCACGGCGGCAACCACUCAUAUGUUAUCUUCUUUCGUGUCCUAGCAGUUGGGCGGUAUACGGGCACCGUCCGAUUGCAGCACCCUACCAAUCAAACUGCGCAGGCGUCCCUCACCCUGCCGCUCAACGCGACUCUUUCACCGGUCGCCAGCUUCAGCCUGGUCGUGGCUGCGGCAAACCAGUCGCGUGUGGGUGACUGGGUGUACAUCACCCCCACUUUGUUGGGGACAUUGGGUGAGCCAGCAGCAGCACCUACCGGCCUCACCCUCACUGCUCGUGGCACCUACAGCGGUGCCCAAAGCCUGAACCUCUCCAUUGACGGGAUCCGGUUCUCCCCUGUACGGUACACGUUUCAGAUCCAGGAAACCGUCACAUUCGUGCUGGCAGUUAAUCAGGUGGCGGUUACAAAUGCAACUGUUAUCGUACAGGGGGUUGCACCCUCACAGCUGGACCUGCCACGGUCGCUCGCUGCAGCUUGUUUUCUUGAUGUCGUCGGCGGCGCGGCGGCAGGUGCGUCAGGCAGCUGCUCCACCACCGCCUCAUCUUCGGCUGCUGUGCGGGCCAACACGACGUUCAUGGUGCAGCAAGGCCGGCAGGCGACUGUGGAAAUGCCAGUAUACACGGUGGAUGGGCAGGUGUGGCAGUCGGACCCGGGUCUGAGUGUGGUGCUGACACUGGUGCCAUCAGCGCUUGUUGAGUACAUCGACAACGCAUACCCGGGCAGCCUGAGCGAGGCACGGCGGCGAAUGCUGAUUCUAGCUGUGGAGCAGAACAGCGGGCAUUCGGUUGAGGAGCUAAGUGCUUGGGGAGGCAGCCUCAGGGCCGGCCGGUCCCUGCUGCAGGAGUACGGCAGCAAUUACGGCGGAGCGCAGCCUUACGAUUACCCAGUGUAUUACGGCGAGUACGCAAAUAUAAACGCCGCCGGUGCGGGCUACGACCCGGACUCGUACGAUCUGGGUGAAGAGCCGCUCAGCCCUUGGCCAGCCUCUGGCAAUUGGAGCUUGCCGGGUGCUGCAUCGCUGAACAUUGACUCCCCGGACGGCAACAGCACACUGCAGGAGCUGCUGGCCGAGGAACCCCAGGUCAUUAGCAUUCGAGGCAGCUUCUCGACCUACAAGCAGUCCUACCAGGUACCGGUUCUGCUCAAUGACUCGGACACGUACCGGGCUCUGCUCUCAGUACGAAGCCCCGCACUGAAUGGCUCACUACGUCUCUCACGGUUCUGGGUUACGGCCAUGGACGUCGCCAAACUCAACACUCUGGUCAGCAGCAACACUACGUCCUCAGCGUCAUCCGCGUUGGACCCGGCGGUCAACCCUGUGGUAUCGCUCAACCUGACGCUGUCAGCCGCUUCAAUAACCUCGUACCCCGGAGGCCCCGAAACCAUGCUGGCGGACUACCGGGCGCUGCUGGCAUCGCGGGCCGGCCUGACAUCCACCGACAACGUCACCGUCUCCAUUACUGCCGGAACCAUUGGCAUUAACAGCGGUUCAUCAGGCACCGUCAUGCUGUCGUUCCAGGUCUACUUCGACGCGGAUUGGGCUAAUACAAGCAGCAGCUUCACAUCCAUGACCUCCCUGGAGUGGUUUUACUUCCGGAUCAUGAAGUUGCCGGAAACCGUACUGCAGGAUACGGCAACUUACCCUGCUCUGAAUGCGUCAACAGUGCAGGUGACUGCUGUUUCCCUGGACGAAGCGACUUCAUCAGCUCUGGCUUCCAAGGCAACUGCCUCAGACGUCGCUGGCAGCACGGCCGAGACCUCCAUUACAAUACUGUCCGAAGACCUGGACAGCGAUACUUCAGCCGCCACGACAUCCUCCUCGACGUCCGUUGCGACCCUCCCAGCCUCCUCUGUUUCUUCUCCUCCUGUGAUUACGUUGAUUGGGGAUCCCUACAUGGAGGUUCAGGAGGCGGACACCUUCUCUGACCCUGGCGUGUACGUGUACGACUCCAUCGAUGGCUUUGCCGUGAAUGCGCGAGUGACAGUGCGCAUCUGUGCCCGGACACCAAACCUAGAGGCGAUGAUGUAUGCUCUCGAUGCGGCGGCGGCCGCAGCUAGCACUGUCGGUACGGCAGCAGGGAGCGGAAUGUCCGUUGCGGCCGCAGCAAAGGCAGCGGCCCAGGCGGCACCGCCGUCGGUGUUCACUUGCGUUGGUGGCACAGCAGGCAGCAACUCCACCACUGGCCAGCUGACCAUCUACCCCAACGGCGGCCUGACGCUCGACAACAGUUUUAUAAACGCUGUGACCCAGAUGUACCUACUUUCAUACAGUGCCGUCAAUUCCCGUGCUACCGCCGCCACCCCGCGUUACCGGGCUGUUGCUGUCAAACCGCGAUGCAGAACCGCCGAUGGGGAGUUUUGGUGCCCUUCGCUUUCCGCCUGCUCGAUUCGGGGUGUCUGCAACAGCACCCUGGUAGCUUUGAGCACCGCGCUCCAGAGCGUCGCAGGUGGUUCAACCUCCUUAUCCGCCGACACCGCUGUUAGCGCCGCAUCUAAUGCCAUUCCUGGAGUUGACCCCUCCACAUUGACCGUCACGUAUACUCCUGCGGGCGAUAUGACCGUCGUCUCACCUGACGGCAGCCUCAUCAUCGUCGACCCGCUGUCGUAUGCUCGUUCAUCAUUGGCAAGUCCUGAUUCUGAAUCCUUCGGUAUCCUGGGUGCCAUCAUGUCUGGCGGCAUUGGUGCUUCAACCGCAUCUGCAGCGGCCUCACAGCAGCAGCCAGUGUACAUCAAAGACACCCUCCCCCCGGUCAUCACUCUCCUUGGUUCGGGUAAACUCGCACUGACCCCUAGCGGUGCAGCAGUUAUGAUUGACAGCGUGUUGGUGGGUUCGGAGUGGACAGACCCCGGCGCCACUGUGUGGGAUGCGGUUGAUGGCGACCUCACGGCCAUGCUUCAAACGUUUGGCGCUGCUGCGGUGGACACGAGUCGGCCAACGAAACAGGGCUCCUUGUACUCCUACAUGGUGGAAUAUCAGGCAACCGACCUGACUGGCAAUGUGGCACAGCUGGCGCGUCGUCUAAUUAAGGUAGUCUGCCCCAGUAAUGAGAGCUACUGCACCGACAAGGAUGAUCUGCCAUCCUGCACAAGUCAAGGCAUCUGCGGCGACACCCUGGCCACCGUCUCCAGUGGUGCCACUUCUGGCUCGUACAGCACUGGGUUACCCCAAAUCACAAUUGUGGGGCCUUCCACUAUCCGGGUCCAGCAGGGCACCAAGUACGACAGGUGUACAAGUUUAAUACCGCAGAACCAGCCGUGCGACCCAGGUGCAGUGGCCCUUGACGCUCGGGAUGGGAGCCUGGACCUGAGGGUGCAGGUCUGCGGCAUUCCACUACGUGCGGCAAGGGCAGGUCAGACACUGCUGCCACUGCUGAUUGCAUGCAACGUGUCUGUUUCCAGACCUGGCAACUACACAAUCACGUACUCGGUGGCCAACAGCGCGGGACGCUCUGCUAGUGUGUCACGUGUCCUCAUCGUGCAGCCUGUCUGCCCUUCUGGGAAGAUACUCUGCUCGGAUGGCAUAUCCUGCUCCGAGGACGGCGGUGUCUGCAGAUCUAAUGUGGAGAACGCCAGCGUCACAAUCUCUUCAACAGCUGCUUCUCAAACCGCUGCAGGAAUGAGUGUUGCUUUGAAGCCGCGGUUAACUCUAAUCACAGCCACUGCAGCCCCAGCACGAGUGCUGUUGCCACGCGGCAGCACUUAUGGCCCAUGCACUAUUGGUGCUGAUCUCGCAGCCGCCUCGACCCCAUUCUGUGAGCCAGGCGCUACGGCCGUCGACUCCGCUGGCACAGUCAACUUAACGGAUCGUGUAGUGGUGUGCCCGCCAUCGUCCUGCCUAUACGGUGGCGGCUGUUCCGCAGAUCUGCUGCGAAGGCAUACCCUGGCUUCCAAGGGUCUAGCGGGUUGCGGGAUUAACACACUCGCACCACCAGGUGCAGUUUUCCACAUAAACUUUUGGGUAUGGGAUUACGCCCGUCCGCCGAACAACGCCACCGUCCGCCGCACCAUCGUCAUUGUGGAUCCAUGUGCAAAUAAGUCCGCACCUUACUUCUGCUCUGAUGGGUCCGGCGGCUACCUAUGCUCCCCAUUGCCCUGCACUGCCAGUGCAUCCCUCCUGCCACCCAAGGUUCCUGGUCCCAAUAUUACACUGCUGCCACCUGCUGACGUGGCCUACGUGGAGUACGGAAGCGUGUCACCUGUGUACCUGGGGCCCUGCACCUCCAUGUUUGAUACACGCAGCUGUGGCGCUGUUGCGACUGGUGUGCUGCUCCCCACAUCCCCCGCUGCCAACACUACGACUGUAGACCUGACAGCCCAGCUCAGCGUUAUCAAUACGACGCCGUGCAAUACGACAUCUGGAGGCAGCACCACUUGCCAGUCUUGCAGCUUGGAGGCACUCGCUAUGGGCAGCAGCAACUGCUUGCCUGGAGUGUACACAUUCCAGUACUCGGUGACUGAUGACCAGGGCGUUACUGCGACUGCAAACCGGACCGUUGUUGUUUACCAGCAAGCGAUCAUCAGCGUUAACCUGACAUGGUUGGCUGACAAGCUGACCGAUGCUGAAGCUGCCGCACAGCUCAGUAUUAAUCUUCUGAACAGCAGCCAUCCCGACCAUGCAUCUGCAGUACAGGACCUUGCGACUCGUAUGGCCAAGUACGGUGUGCAGGCAUCUGAUGUAGAGAUCUUGUCAGCGACAGUAUCGCCCACUUCCCCACCUCCUACCAACAGCUCGCCAGCGAGUAUGCUGGUCGAUGUAGCCAUACACAUCUACAACCCGCGCCGUGUGCACCGUUCUGCGACGGGCCUGACAUUGUCAACCCCCACCAGCAGUUCUGCCUGGCGCAGGCGCCAGCUCCAUAAUGACGACGAGAACUCGACACCGUCGUCGUAUUUAAUCUUACAUGGUUCCAGUAGCAAUCAACGUUAUCACUGGGACGUGGGGAAAACGAAUGGUAUGGUAAAGCAGCCACUCGAGGAGGUGUGGGAAGUUCUCCUUGCGGCACGUAUGCAGGAUCUGCAACACCGGCACCAGCGGUUGCUGCUGCAACUGCAGCAGCCUGAUGCCAUGGACCGCGCCUGUCGGCAUGUGGAGACCGCAGGAUUCCGUCAGGGUGACUUCUCCCAGCCUGCCUCAGCUCUUAAGAACGACAUGGCCAUGAACCUGGACCAGAGGCGCCAUGGCCUCCGCAGCCUGCUCCAGGCCGCUAGCAAUACCAGUGCCAACAGCACAUCGGCCCUGGCCUCUCUGGCUACAUCUGCGGCGUCCUCCCUCAAUGCCACCUCUGUUAUUAUCACGGUCCCAUCUGCACCGGACCUGACUGCCGGCUACCUUGAGUCACUGGUGGGCCUUGUCCAGGCCCUGCUGCAGACAUCAGAUGCCGCUUACACGAAGGCCAGUACGCUCAAUUCUACCCUUCCUUCAAUCCUGGGUGACACAGCGGCGACCGCAGAUGAAGAGCGUGGCACAGCCAUUAAGACAGCAGUGGGCGCUCUUGCGGUGGAGGCAGCCGAUGCACAGAACCGCACGCUGGUGGUUUCAGCGCAGGUGGAGGCGGGGUUCGACGCCCAGUUGGCAGCCGAGCAGCAGCUGCUGGAGCAGAGCAGUGAAUUGGACUUGGAGCUCCGUGAGCUGUCUGCGCUGACACGUGCCCAAACGGACCGCGCACUGUACAUGGCGAUGGUCGCGGCGGAAGCGGCCAAGGACGCAGCUGAGAUAGUAAUGGACCAAGACUGCUACCGGCUGCAGUUAACAGGUUUCCAGGCGGCCUUCACGCUGUCCCGGUUUUCCUUACCGUCAUCGGCGGGGUCUCCUAACGCAGGCAGCAACGCGACUGGCAGCAGCUCCAUGGCUACGGGUACCCGCAGGCGGCUGUACCGCGGCACUGAAGAUGAGAGCAGCAGCAGCAGUGGCAGCGUGGUGCCAUGGCUGGGUUACUAUUUGUUGACCCAAGGAACAUCCGCUCUGGACACUCUAUUGGCCGAAAGCGAGCUGGAUGUUGGAGCUGACCUGCGGGUUGCUGUUGCGCGGCGCUAUGCCGGCACACGAGCUGAGAACCGGGUAGUGGGCGGCCUGCUGUUGCAUACGACACGCCGAACUUUGCGGUCGCCAGCAGAAGCCGUGGGGCGGAAUGUAUCGUCAGAGACAGACUCAUGCAGCGGUGUGUUCUCGGGCUUGGACGCCAGCUGCCACUGGUUUGACGUCGCGUUCCUUCGGGACGUCGCCUCGGGGUCCAGCUACCUGCAACGCUUGUACGCCGGGACAAACAACAGCGUGGCACCUUAUGGGGUUGACCCUGUUUUCCUUAGGUCCUCCCCACUUUACCGAGAGGACCUCACCUCGCAGCUCAGCUGGUACUACAACACGUCGGACCCGGCGCAAGUGAGUGUCACGGGCACACCCUACGGGUUCACUUCCCGGGCCCUAUCCGGCCGCUCACCCGGCUUCCCCGUGCUGCUGGAAAGCGGACUGUCCGCCAGUCGUGCGGCCCAGAUGAUGCGCUAUCUGGCGGAUGGAAAUUACUUGGACCAUCGCCAAACCGUGGAGAUGACGGCCGAGCUGCUGGUCUACAACCCUGGCCUCCACGCCUUCGCCUACUUCCGUGGUGACUUCCAGUGGUCGGAGGCGGGGGCCAUCAUAGGCCACCUCUCCACUGUGGGCUUCCCUGCCAUGGCCUACCUCGAGGAAGGCGAGGCGCUGACGAGGAAGGCUUUGCCUCGCAUUUUUGCAAGGGAGUUACUGCCGCUGUGGGUGCUGACAGUCUUCUUUUCGGUGGUCACCAUUGUCUCGACUGUCUCGGCGACUAUAAGGGCUGCACGCUUCGCAGCUGCGGCUGCCGCGGCAGCCGCUCGUGAACGCGCUCUCACAAAUGCUCUCAAGGCCUUUGAGGGGCCUCUGCAGCGCACCUCGGGAGGUGGAGGCUUCGAGAAGGGCGCCAGCAUCGCCAUCAUUGCCGCCAGCGGCAUUGCUGAAUCUACUGAGGGCACUGCCGGGGAAUUGCCGGCCUCGCGACCGGGCGGCUUUGCCGCAUUGGUCGCCGGAACAACAGGUACCGUCCCAUGGGCGCAGACGGGAUCCAGCGGUGGCCAGGCGGCGUCAACUGCUAUCGGCGGCAGGGGUGGCGCCGGAAUUGCCAGCGCUUUCGGUGGCCGUGGCGGGGUUGCUGGGUUGGUCGGUGCCUUUGGGAGUGGCGGCGGAGGAGCAGCUGCCUCGCACAUUCGGAUCCUGCGGGAUGAGGUGGCGGCGCGCCGUGAAGAACGGCUAGAGCUUCUGGGUGCCUCCAACUUCUCGGCCCGCCGCGUCUGGUUUAGGGAGUUUGUACGGCGUGAUGGUGGGCUGCUUUACGACAUUCCCUUGGCACUGCUGCUGAUUGCUGUGGCAGCGUACUGGACAGUCUAUGUGGAGCGUCACCUGGUUCUGUACAACGCUCGAUCUUAUUACCGUGUGUACGAUGCAUCGGCGUCGACAUCGGCUCGGUGGCUUCUUGCAGCUCGGCAAGACCCUGGCUCGGUUUCUAACUCUGCAUCUGUCUACGCUGAGGCUGCCAGUAUGGGCAUCGACCUGCCUACAGGCGCUGGCGACCCAGGCCGGUGGUUGCUGCCUACGGAAGACUCGGACUGGGACGCACUGAACGACGUGCUGCGUAACGCUCAUACCCUGGUGGACAUGUGGACCACAUACGGCAUGCUGCAAGCGGUAGUCAUUGUUGGCUUGGUUGCAAAGCUAAUCACGGUGAUGUCCUUCCAGGCGCGCCUGGGCAUCAUCUGCCGCACCCUCAUGACCAUGUUCACCCCCGUGCUCCACCUGGUCAUUAUCAUCGUGGUGGUAGCCGUCAUGUUGGCAGCAGCCGCUAAUACCGUUAUGGGCGACCGCAUGGCGGCGUUGUCCAGCCUGGGGGGCGCCAUCAGCGAUACCAUGUCUACCAUUUUAGGCCCAGCUAGCAUGGACAGCGUCGACCUGCUGUCCAGGGGCCUGGUCAUGCCGGGCGUGCUGCACUUUGCUGUCGCUGCCGUGCUCGUCACCAAAGUCUUGCUGAUGCUGUUCAUGAUGUUCAACUUCUUCGUCGCCGCCAUGGGGCAUAUCUUCAUGAAGCAGAAGCACAGCAUCGACUGGGCACGCGCUGCGUCAGUGCCGCAAGACCUGAUACAGGUUGUAGUCCCUGAUUUGAUGCGUCGGAUCAUGGGUGCGAUACCCGGUUCCGAGUCGCGGCGCUGGCGGCGCCGCGGCGAGGGCGCUACUGCUGCCAUCACAGCCUCCAAGGACGGAAGAACAUCCGGCGGCGGCGAUGGAGAUGCCGAGGCCGCUGCCGUCGCCGUGACUGGCUGCACGCGGCUGUACCGCACCGUGGAUACACCCACCAACACGCAGGUGCUGCAUGCGCUGGCGUCGGGAGGUAUACAUGAGCUGAUGUGUGCCGCGGAGCUGCCCAAGACUUGGAACGGCCGAGUACGUGCUGCAAAGGUAUCCGGCGGACGGCUGCUAAUCGACAAGGCCACCAUGCGCCAGCUCAUCGGCCUCGUCGCGUCCAGCCCGUCCGCUGCAGCGGCCAGGCUUCCAUUGAACGAUGAUGACGAAUCUGAAGGAGAUGCUAAGCGUCGCGCCGCUGAGCGAACCGUGGCGCAAAGGGAGCUUGCUAUGUCGGUGGCGCGGCGUGUGAUGGAACGCGUCGGCCGGACUUACGGCUCAAAGGCGCCUGAGUACCUGAUUCUGGAGAAGGCGGCAGAGGCGGAGGCAGGGGCGCGUCGGCGGUCCAAGGCAGCGCCGACGGUCGUCGGUACGGGACUCUUUAGGGCGCAGGCGCCGGUUUCGCAGCAGGAGGAAGGUAGUGAUGAACAAUUGUCCUCCGAGUCGGCGUCUCGGCCACGGCGCAGGCUGAGCAGCGAGAUCCAGAUCCACUUGUCCAUCUACGACGCGCUCAGAGCUGCGAUGGAGUCCAUUGUGCGGUGGCAGAGCGGCGUGCAUCGCUGGCAGGUUCGCACCUGGAAGCAAAUGGCCUCCGCUUAUCUCUUUAACCAGCAGCUGCUGGCCGGUCUAGGUGUGGCACCUGGUCCUGCCUUCGUGGAGCGGCCCCCCGAUCUGCAAGACGACGACUUGCCGCAUGUGGCACGCGUGUCGCUGCAGCGGCAGCUAAGCCCAGCACAAUCCAUGCAAGUCCCGCCUUUGCCGCUUCAGGGCUCGAUGAGGAGCUGGAUGGGCGAUGAUGCCAACGGCAUUCUGUCGCCCUCGCAGCUGUCUGUAGCGGAUAUUUCGCGGCGCUGCAGCCGGACCAGCGACAGUCCUAUGCAGCUUGGCACAAGGCGCAGGACCUCGCGUUCACCGGCUAGUGUCUGGCCGGGCCUGACACCCAAGCCGAUGACACCACCCUCGCCGCGUGUACAGAGUCCAAGUCAGCGACAGUCGGCGUUGCUGGAGGCGCCGACCGGCGCCCAGGGCUUUGAGGAGCCGGCUGUUGAGGUGGCUGCUCUAACUGGGUCUCGACCAUCUUUCCCGCCGUCAUCAACAGAGGCGCCAUGUCUCGCUGCAGCUGCACCAAGCCCCGGGUCUGCUUCGUCAUCUGUGCACAACCUCAGCGCCGCCGAGGUCCCGGCUGUGUCGUCCCGCAGUUAUAGCAUCGGAGGCGUUCCAAACACGGCGACGGCAGUGCCAACACCCUUCAGGGCGUCGUGGAGUCCCGGAACCGUCACUGGCGAUGGCGCUGCCGCCGCCACCGUUAUUGGCGCCGGAACGGGCGGCAGCCUACCGUCCUUGCCGUCGGGCCGGUUCCUUGCGUUACGGGCGCCUUCCCGCUGGAUGCAUGCUCCAACAGCGGCAGACGGCGCAGUCAACGCGGGCUUGAGUCGCGGCCAGAGCUACAGCUAUGGCUUCGCUAUGGUACCGGAGGAGGAACCUAGUAGCCCCGAGCUCGACGAGGACAGCGGCAACCUUGAAAGUCUGCGUGCAGCUUCCGACGUGGUGGCGCGAGCGGCAAUACAACCCAAGGGCCUGCCCUCGGCGCGGGAUCGCACCCGCUGGGGUGGCGUCGCGCCUAUGAUGGACGAAAUGCGUGAACGGCUGAUGGCGCUCAUGAACCGGCGUAACAGCCGCACAGCGACGUCGGCCGGCGCCGGCAGCGGUGGCCGCCGCAGGCGUAACUACUCGGGGUCGGGGUCGGGACCUAGCUCACCCAUUUCGCCCGUGUCGGCUGCCCACAGCAGCAGCGGCGCUAUUGGGCCGAGCGAGCAGCGGCAGUCUGGGUCUGGCGGUAUGCAGGACGACCCCAACCUGGUAUAUGAUAUUGCCCCCUCGAGAAACAGGCCUGGGAUGAGGGAUGAGGAAAGUGCUGUAGACAGUGACUUGGUGCAGGAGCGGGGAGGCCGCCGGCCGAGCGCAUGA